AUGAACAAUUCGAAUCAGGUUUCCGUCAUCCAGUCAACCCUCUCAAGAUGCCUAAAGAAGAUAGAGUCUACGCUUCGCAAUGCUAUUGUCUCCCAAAUGAAAAUCAUAGAAACUGCACUAGCCCAGGCUGUUAACAAAUCCCACACAGUAAACAAGGAUGCGUCAACAAGUGAUAGUAAUCCAGCUAUGGUGAUCACACCCGCCGAUUCGACAUUUCAUUCAACCGAGGAAACUGCUAUUGAAGAGAUCCAUAUACCUAACUAUUUUCUCGAAAUGCCAUCAUUCUCUCUCGGUUUAUCGCAGGAUGAGCCCCCCCCCCUCGAUACUGAUUUGGUAAACCCCAUUUCGUAUGUCCUACCACCAAACGCCGCUGUACCAGAUGCUCCGGAGACCCGUAGGAGUAAAAGAGCAAGGACAGUACCUGCAGGUCUUCAAGACUACAAGUGUGACCCUAAAGUAAUUGCAGCUUACGAUAUUCUCCCUGAUAUUGAGGUGCGAUUCAAGGCCAUGGAAGAGACUGUUAUCGAAGGAUCGUAA